AACAGUGGUAACAAACGAGAGUAAAAGCGAGCGAGACAGAGACACAGGAGGACCUCCGCGACCGACGGCGACCGGCUGUUUUGGUGGUAGCGCUAUCGGACGGACACAGAGCUUCGGCCAUGGCAGAUUCUAACGACUCUGUUUCCGUCGACAUGGAGAAGAUCUAUCUCGGUGGAACGGAGCAUCAUAUACGAACUGGCCAGGGUUCUGUGUCUGUUAUAGUUUGCGGAGACCAAGACAAGCCGCCACUGAUUACCUAUCCUGAUUUGGCUCUAAAUCAUAUGUCGUGUUUUCAAGGAUUAUUCUUCUUCCCUGAAGCAGCUUCUUUGCUACUUCACAACUUUUGCAUCUACCAUAUCAGUCCACCAGGACAUGAGUUAGGAGCUGCUGAGAUUUGUCAGGAUAAUCCUAUGCCCUCUGCUGAUGAUUUAGCAGAUCAAAUCCUUGAGGUUCUCAACUAUUUUGGACUUGGUGCAGUGAUGUGCAUGGGGGUAACAGCAGGCGCUUACAUUCUUACGCUUUUUGCUUUGAAAUAUAGAGAACGUGUUCUUGGUUUAAUUCUUAUAUCCCCCUUAUGCAAGGCACCGUCUUGGUCCGAGUGGUUCUAUAAUAAGGUAAUGUCUAACUUGUUAUACUUCUAUGGCAUGUGCGGGUUGUUGAAAGAGUGCUUGCUUCAGCGGUACUUCAGCAAGGAGGUCCGUGGUAGUGCCGAAGUUGCAGAGUCCGAUAUAGUUCAAGCUUGUAGAAAAUUGUUAGAUGAGAGACAGAGCAACAAUGUUUUGAGGUUCCUCCAAGCAAUUAAUGGAAGACCAGACAUUACUGAAGGGUUGAAAAGGCUCCGGUGUCGCACUCUCAUUUUCGUCGGGGAUAGCUCGCCUUUCCAUUCUGAAGCACUCCACAUGAUAUCAAAAUUGGACAGAAGAUAUAGCGCCUUGGUUGAGGUCCAAGCUUGUGGAUCGAUGGUAACUGAAGAGCAGCCACACGCAAUGUUGAUACCAAUGGAGUACUUCUUCAUGGGAUACGGGUUGUAUAGACCAUGCCAAUUCAGCGACAGUCCACGGAGUCCGCUCAGUCCAUCUUGCAUCUCCCCAGAGCUCCUUUCUCCAGAAAGCAUGGGAUUAAAGCUAAAACCAAUAAAGACCCGCAUUUCUUAAUCAUCGAGGAGGGACAGAGAACUGGAAAAGAAGGAGAAGAAGGGGCUGAGCUAAGGCGAAUGCUUUGCUGUGAUUCGAAAGUCUGUCCGUCCGUCCGUCUGUACGUCUGUAAGUUUUUUCGUUUCCAGAAUUUUGAUUUGUUGAAAGGGCGUUUGUAGAUAGGGAGAGAUGUGAGUGAAAAAAGAGCUUACAAUGAUGCUGGGUAAAUAACUAUAGGGAGGACACAUUCAUUCUUUUGUAGUCAUCAGACAUAAAAGAGAUCAUAUUCUUGAACUCUUUGGAUUCGUAUAUUCUUCAAUCUGACCAAAAUAUUUAUUUAUUAUGACUUUCAAUGAAUUGAGCUGCUGCAUGCU